AUGUCAGUGCCACCGGUGAAUUUAGAAGCAUAUUGUGCUGUAAAUGAUGACGUGGCGAAACAAGUCAAAAAAUAUUUGCUAGGAGAUUUUGGCGACGAAUCGAAAUUCGAGCGAAAAAACUCGGAAAGUUCAGAAGGGAGUGAAACACAAUUCUGUAAAAAUACGGAAAAGGAUGAGAAUGUAGAGGAAUGGGAUGAUUGGGGAGGUGGAGAAGGGAAAGAGGAGGCUGAAAAUUCGAUAGAAAGUGAUGAAUCGAUACGGAAUUGGUUGUUUCGAUGUGAUUUGAAAACGUAUUCUGAUGCAGAGUACCUUUUAGUCACUUGGGAAUCCAGAUUUGUCGUGUUGAGAAAACCGCCCGAUGAAUCUCAAUACAAAAUAGUGUGUAAACAAUACAUAGAAGGAGAUCCGGUUGGAAAUGAGAUCACCGCUUCUUGUAUAUUCGGUCUUUCGAAUGUUCGACACAUUGAUCUACUCGAUUCGAUAAUCAUUGCAUUGGGAACACUCAAUGGACACGUCUAUUUCUUCACCGAGCAAGGAACUAUGCUCUAUUUCGAUCGAUUCUCCAUUUUUGAACCCGUUAAUAGUGUACAGUUCGAUGUUGUCAAGACAGGUCAAACGUUCAUAAUUGUCUUCACAAAAGGUUUCUUCAUGAUCAAUCCAAUUUCCCUGAAAUCCGUGUUAUAUCAAGCGAAAAUGUUAAUAGCGAAAGGAGAGAAGACGGUGAAACAAAUCUCCGAAUCCAUCGAACUCCAAUCAGAGCUAUUGGCUCCAGAUAUCAAGGGAAACAUCAUCCACGUCAUAUUCACAGCGUCCUAUGAUUCGUUUUAUGCGAAAGUCGAGAAACCCUCACUCCCGUUGUAUUCCACAUUCAUGGUGACGACUGAGAAAGAAUUCGCCGUAUUUGUAUGGCAUGAUAGGGAGGAACAAGAGAAACUUCUAGACGAUGUCAUCAAGUACGGAAAGUCACUCGUCCCCUCGUUCGGAAUCCGAAAGUUUUUCGGCAUUUCGACGGAACCGACGCGGAUCGCUGCGCAUAUGAGAUCGGCGGUACAUGUACCGACGAGAAGUCUCAUUUUGGAGCAGAGAAUUGCUCAGACCGUGUCGAGAUCACCCGAUUGUAAUUAUGUGGCUGUGACCGAUAGACUUGCCAGGGUUUUGGUUAUUGAUAUAAUAAACCGACAAGUUGUCCUAAUAUUCAAAGGAUACCGAGACGCCACUGUCUCCUGGGUCUCUGCUACACAAGAAGAUCGAGUUGCACAAUUUUUGACAAUUUUCGCUCCGAGGAGGUCGUUGUUGGAAGUUUGGACUGUAUUGGGAAACGUGCGUGUCUGUGCGCAACACGUGCCAUCAUCCGAAUGCAACGUGGUUCCCGGCGGAGAGAAUAAAAUGUUAUGUGGUCGAUGUCACAUUCAUUCCGAUUCGAAUUCCUAUUUCAUCGACGAGAACGGUCAAUUCCAUCGCGUAGUGAUGCCAUUCCAUCUCGCAUUGACUAGUAGAGCACGUCAAGAUCAACAUGAUCAUCUCCGGUUGAAAGAGUUGGAGAAGAAAGAAACGGGCAGUGCAGAGUGGUUUGACACGUUUUCUGAUCUACGCAUGCCAACUUCUCGUAAAUCGACAUUCCAAAAUGCUCUUUUUACGUUGAAAAGUUCCGAACAAGCGCAUCAAUUCAUCGCUAAAAUCAAGACGAUCCAAUCGGCAGCGUCCCUUGGAGAUCUUCCAAAUAUCGCUGAGAAAUCGAUUGCGUUCUAUGCGAGAAUCAUAAAUGAAUCUAGACGAUCCGAGAAGAAUUUUGAGAAAAAAUGUGACAAGUAUGAGUUGGAUUCGAUUGUUGAGAGAAUUCUCGAAUGUCAUAUGAAUCGAUUCGGGGAGAGAGAGAACGAGAUGAUGAAUGAUGUGUUGAAAGUUGGGGAAUGGCUGAAAUAUGUGGAUUUGGAACAUGACGAGAUUGAUGUCUUCUCGGAACACUGGUCAGAAAUCCGUCGUCUUCUUCUCGCCAAUCUCAUCUUUGCCCCUCUCUUCGGCUCUUUUGAAAUCGAUGAAUACUAUGAUACAGUACUCGAAAAACUACCGAUUAGUCGACAGAAUCUCAUCAAAUUAUUCUAUUUGAAACUGGAAAAAACGACGAAUCGACUCGAUUGGAGAUCAUUCCAUCGAACAGUCGAAAUGUUCGUAAAUUUCGAAAAAUCUGAAAACGGACUGCUCGAAAAAAUGGAUCGAAUGGCGAUGGACUCGAAGAAUGUGACGAUGGGAAUGAUGUUGCUGGUGGUUUGUUGGUGUGCGAGGAAGGUGAUGAGACGGUUGAGGGAUGAGAAGGAUUCUGGAGGACUAGACGACGUCGACGAGGAUUCUGUAGACAUUUACGCUGAAAAGUCCCAAGAAGACGUUAAGAACAAGACGCUCGAAGAUUGGGACGCCGUGUCUCCAGAAGUCGAGCAUCUCGAUAGUAUUAUUAUGUGUCUACAUUGUGUGACCCUCGCACAGACUCUGUUAGGAGAAGAUUCAGAAUCAGAUGUUCGGAUUGCCGACGUCGCGCAGAGAAUUGAUUCGUUUAUUAGAGAGAAUGUAGCCAAAUGGAUUGUUAACGAGUCCAUCGAAACGGAGACCAUCGAGAAACUAUUCCCACGCGACCCAACUGAAAAUCUCGCCGAAGAAGGAGACGAAGAGGAUCGUCGCAGUAAAAUGAUUAUCGAUUUUCCGGAUGAUAAGGAAGAAGUGGUCGGAAGGAUGUAUCAAAUGAUACCGAGAGUUUUCGAGCAUGAUUUGGUCGUGGCUGGUGAGUAA